AGAAUGUGUUUCCGGAAAAUGGAAUGAACUAUCCGACUGGAAAAUUGUGGCGACAAGAUGGCGGCGUGGUACGAAGAUUCGGCACUUCUCCGCGACGAGGUCGCGCGAGCAAUCGGAGGGUACAAGGGCCAAGUGGCGGAGAGAUGGCAUGUCAUCCCCGUGGGUUGCAAGAAGUUUUCGGUAGAGGACGAGGCGAUGAGGAUGUUGGUUGACGAUCCUGAGACCCCGUUGGGUCUUCGUGCAAGUGCGCAGCAUGGAAAGUUUGAUGUGGACGAUGACGAGGUCACGCGAUGCAUUCUUCGACUGGGAGACAUGGUCGGUCACGACGAUCCCGACCUCCUCUACGGCAUGGACGUGUUCACGUACAUUCAGUUUGACGUGGAAGAUGCGGCAGGCAAGUUCUUUCACUUCGACAUGAUCAUGAACGAAGGCAACGCGGAUGCGAACACGGGGUUCUUUGCCAUCGUGUUCAACCGAUCGAGUGAAAAGGAAGAAGUCGCACACUGCAUGACGCACGACGAUUCGGAGACCAAGAUCACGUGGCUAGAUGAGUCCAUGCUGCAGCGAUACGCUCCUCACGACGGCUUGUUGCCACCCACCACGGACAAGCACUUGCCCCGUCAUUCUUGCGCAGAUGCGACCUACAGAGACCUGCACCACGAAUUCUUUGAGAGCAGCAUGGGCCUCUGUGGAAUCGCCUUGGGCCAUGACGACGACAUGAAUCAACUGGAACUAUUGACCGCGGUUGCAGCCAAAUUGUCCGAAAAGCCCGCGUUCUUUCCAACAGUCGUGCCCAAGGACCUCAUGGAGAAAACCAAGGCUGCCUACUUGAAGGAAGUGCUGCAUGGAGUCCCCAACGACGUGUGGCAGCUCACUGGCGACUAUUUGUCUUCCGCAACGCUUUACCACGACCGGGACGUGUCACGUCCGUUCCGGGAUGUGGAUCGAUGGAACGACUAGUUGUUGCCUCUGUGAAGAAGCUGGACAUAGCGAACAAUCCCAUCGAAUGAAAAGCAAGUGCACGGCAUGAGGUACAUGCUCGACGUCGCAGUUCUCAUGCUCCAGUGCAAAUUCGUUGCAUUUGGGGAGAUAUACAUCCCCACACGGACAAAGCACUGCACUCUAAAAGGCCAGCACGGUCCCUGCUUCUUGAGAUGGGUAACAUGUCGAGCCAAACGUCAGCGACCCAGCGCAAUCCAAACAGUGGAGCGUGCCGUCAUGGCUGAGAACGCCCGUUUGAUUGAUACGCAUCCUGCUUGAACUGAACGAUAUGCCGGCAGCGGCGGUGGUCUCUACCAGGGAGUUGCAUGCCA